AGUUGACAUUAGCACGGCGAUCAGCGUCCCAGAUGGGCGAUGCGGGCGUGAAUGGUUAUAUGGCGGGAGGAUUGGCGCUGAAGCAGCCUCCGCCGCCGCCAUCUGAUGCGGCGGAUGCGCCUUUUGUGGGGGCGAAAAUAUCGGUGUGGUGGGACAUAGAGAACUGCCAUGUGCCCAGGGACUCCGAUCCGCAUGCAAUCGCGCAGAACAUAAGCUCUGCGCUGGCGAAGUUGAACUACUGCGGGCCCAUCUCCAUAUCCGCCUACGGGGAUACUACCAAUAUUUCGCCUUUGGUUCAGCAGGCCCUUAAUAGCACAUGAGUCGCCCUCAACCAUGUCCCCGCAGGUGUCAAAGAUGCUAGUGACAAGAAGAUAUUGGUCGACAUGUUGUUCUGGGCCGAUGACAACCCAGCACCUGCUACUUAUUUAUUGAUAUCUGGUGAUCGAGAUUUCUCUAAUGCCCUCCACCAGCUUAGAAUGCGUAGGUACACCAUUCUUUUAGCCCAACCUAAAAAAGCAUCUGCAGCACUUGUUGCUGCAGCAAAGACUGUAUGGCUCUGGACUAGCCUCUUAACUGGGGGCCUCCCUCUUAGUCAUACUACUGAACCGAAACCAUUCACAAAUAUCAGUAAUGGCCUCAUGACUAACAGUGACACAUCAGCAAUGUCGGCCAGCAAACCCAGCCAGUCUGUUGGUGUAGUCCAUGAAAGUAACCUUCAACAAGGACAUGGGUCUCCUGCUCAUGCACCCAAAGUGUGGCGGCUAAAUAAGGCGAAGGAGUUGAUGAGCGAAAAGAACCAAAUGAAGGGUGUGAAAAGGAAGGGGAGCAGUCAGUCUGUUGGUAUUGUCUAUCAAAGUAACCAUCAACAAGGACAGGGGCCUGCUGCUCACAAUUCAAGAAAUCAUUUUAGUGGUGAUAAUUCACCACCUAAUCCUCAUGCACCCAAAAGUAUGGUAUGGCGGCUAAGUAAGGAGAAGGAGUUGAUGAGUGAAAAAAACCAAAAGAAGGGUGUGAAAAGGAAGGGGAACAGUCCAAGCAAACAACCUAGUAAGAAAACUUGCUGUGCAGCAAAUAAGACGGGACCUGGGCACACACAUAGUAAGGGUUGCUCUAACCGAAAUACUAAAUGUGCCAACUGUAAGAAGAACCAUUUUGGUAAGUGUAAUAAAGCACCAAUGUGUUUCCAUUGUGGAGAUUCAAGGCAUCUACUAAAGGAUUGUCAUCUGACAGGUGGCAAAGCCUUUAACAGAGGUAACCAUCAUAAUAAGGGUGGUAAGCUUGGAACCUUUACACCCAGCGUUGUGACUCACAUGAUAAGUGGAGUAUCCUGUCCAGAUAUUACUGCUAGCCAGGUCGUGGCUGGUGGAAACUGCCAGGAUGUUAAUAUACCUGGAGCACGGACACCGAGUGUCUGCUAUAUGGCGAAUGAAGUAGCCAACCCACAGGUUUGCGCUACUGAGGGAAUGGGUGGUGGAAACCACCAGGAUAUUGGUAUCUCCGGAGCUCCAACGCUGAGCGUUGUCACUCAUAAGAGGAGUGAAGUAGUGACUCCUGAUGUUUCUGCUAGUGAGGUAAUGGGUCCUGGAC